AUGAGUUCAACGACACUCCAAAAAGCCGCUGUGGUCGUUGUAAGUUCCAGCCAGUUGUCCUCGAACCCAGACCUGCGGCAGCUCACACAAUUGCAGAGGGAGAAUGGGGCGUCGCGCUUUGAAGUCCGCGAAAUUGCAAAACCAGAGGUGAAGCCUUGGGAGAUUUUGGUUAACAUUACGGCCACGGGCAUCUGCGGGACAGAUAUCUCGCUGGCUGCCGGGCAUCUGGGUCCAUCCUGCGACGUGCUUGGUCACGAAGGUGUAGGCAGAGUAGAAGCCAUUGGUGCGGGCGUGGACCCGACCGUUGCAAAGGUGGGAGAUCGGGUCGGCGUGGCCUGGGUUAGAGACGCCUGCGGUGAUUGCGAGUGUUGUCGCGUACCUGCGGGCGAGACCAGAUGCGUUGAGCAGCUCAACUCGGGAAGGAAGCUCGACGGAACAUUUGCCGAAUACUGUGCCGUGCCUAGUAGGUACGUGCUGAAGCUGCCAGACGACUUGACGGUUAGCGACGAGCUGGUCGCGCCAAUUUUAUGCGGAGGAGUAACGGCUUACAAUGCCCUGAAGAGUUGCAGGGCAACCCCGGGGGAGUGGGUCGCAGUAUCAGGGGCUGGAGGUGGUGUAGGCGCGCUAGCGAUACAAUAUGCUAAAGCCAUGGGAUAUCGCGUGAUCGCCAUCGACCUGGGUACGGACAAAAAAGAGUACUGUCUUAAGCUUGGAGCAGAGGUAUACGUGGACGCCAAGGAGGACGUAACAGCCCUGGUCAAUAAGGCAACGAAAGGAACCAGGGCGAAGGCCGUUAUCGUUUCCGCAGGGUCCGGGGCUGCUUACCAGAAUGCUUUCGAUAUCGUUGCUGCCUUUGGAACCGUAGUCUGCGUCGGUAUCCCGCCUCCGCACCAGACUAUGACGCUACACCCGCUUCAGUUCAUCGACAAGGGUUUUACGAUUAUUGGAAGUGUGACUGGAACACGAACGGAUACGCUAGAGGCACUAGAGUUCGUGCAGAGGGGCGUUGUAACACCAGCAAUUCACCCUAUAUCUCUGAAUGAACUACCUGACGUGGCUGAUCGUGUCGCCACGGUAAGUUGUAUCAAUGGAACUAGCGAGGCAUUUUGCUCACUUCUACACAGACCACGGGGAAAUAUGUUGUGCGGUUUGACCAGCAAAAGGUAG